AUGCAACAAAGGGCCUUAAGUGGGAGUCCAACCCGAGGCGGCUGCGGCAAGGACACUGCCUUCAUUCUUGGGGCGCCUGCUUCAUCCACUCAGCCGCCAAUGCCCCAUGAGAACCAGGCAGCCGCCAUGUCCAGUGUGAAGUCUGUCUUUAGCCGGAAGGCGGUGGUGCGCAUGCAGCUGCUGAAGGAGGUGGUGGGAAGCGACUCGUACCGUAUCAACAACAAGUACGACCACAACCACACCCCCCUGCCCACCUCUGAGAUCAUUCAGCGAGCACAAGUCCUCAUCGGCCAGGAGGUGUCUUACGACCUGCUGGGGAGCAACUGCGAGCACUUUGUUACCCUUCUGCGCUACGGGGAGGGGGUUUCCGAGCAG